CCAUUGGAACGUUGGUGAUAUAUGUGUCCAAGUGAUUAUUGCUGAAUUGAAAUCGAAAUGGACUUAGCUGCACCUUUUGCAGGUUUGAUAACUACAGUAACCUUAGUUGCAACUGUUUUCUAUAUGAACGGCUAUUUCAACCAAAAAAAGUUUGCAGAUCUGAAUAACAAUACCGAUGCCAAUGAAGGCUUGGAUCCUAACGGACCAGAUGUUCAAUUCAUUCUGCAUAAAAGAAAUUCAUCGCCAUUCAAUUUGAGGCUACACGAUCAAAAUAAAUUCGAUAAGUCGAAAUUCAAUAUAACAGCACCUACUAAAAUAAUAAUCCAUGGUUUCAUGAGUAGUAUCAAACAAGAAGUUUUCACACUCAACAAGGACGCUUUUCUGAAAACUGGAGACUAUAAUGUCAUAGGAAUGGACUGGUCUGCUCUAUGCGAAUUCGAAUAUCUGUCAGCUAUGCGUGGUGCCCAGAUAGCUUCGCAGUACUUGGUGGAAAUGGUUGAAUGGUUGGUGAUGCAAGGCGUUUCGUUAAAAGAUAUGCAUCUUGUUGGACACAGCUUGGGAGCUCAUGUGGCCGGUAUGGCGGGUAGCAAGCUUAGAUCCGGAAAGGUUUCCAGAAUUACAGGUUUGGAUCCUGCUUUACCAGGCUACAACGAAAGAGGUCCACACGUUAAACUAGACCCAAGUGACGCAGAACUGGUGGAAGUUAUACACACAUACAUGAAGAUUCUUGGAUAUGCUCGACCACUAGGUCAUAUAGACUUCUAUGCAAAUGGUGGUAGAUACCAGCCUGGUUGUCCCGAUAUCUAUGAUAUUUGGAAAAUCGGGGAAAGUCUACACUGCAACCAUGCGAGAUCGUAUCAAUAUUUUGCAGAGUCUGUUGUGAAUCCGAAGGCCUUCAAGUGCACAAGAUGCGUUUCGGUAGAGGAGGCUUUGGGUGAAAAUUGUUUUGAAGAAACCGAUAUAUACUUGGGACAACCAUCUACUUACAGGAGUGGAUUGUAUUUCUUUCGUACUAGAAAAACUCAACCUUACGCUCCUCCACCAUAAAGCAAUCAGUUGGUUUGAUAUCUUCACAUUGUUUACACCUAUUUAAUAUGAGAUAAAUUGUAAGAUGAUAUCUAUCUUAAAACGAAAUUGUAGUUGAAAAUAUAA